CUUCCAUUUCUAGCCAGUCCAGUGGUGACCAGAGCUCCCCCAGUCUGUUUGGCUCAAGCUCUCAGGGUAGUCCUUUUGACUUGUCUACCAAAUCUUCAGAGAUGUCCAGUCAGUUUAAGCCCUUGGUGGUAUCUAGCCAGUCUACUAAUAGUCAAAGCUCCCCUAGUCUACAUAUGGUUAGCCCUCAAAGCAGUUCAAAGUCAACAGAUGCUGCUGCACCUCUGUACACUCAGGCCAGUGUCUCUUACAGUAGCUUAUCUAGCCAGGCUCAAGGCUCCGCAACUUCUCGGGGUAGCUCUGGGCCUGAAUUGUUUGCAAGUUCUGCCCAAUCUGUCCCCACGCGAGUAGGAAGUGCCAGUUACAGUGGUGUGUCCCAGUCUCUCAGUGCUUCUAGUCUGUAUACUCCAGGAUCCCUGGUGGCUAACAAGCGUAAUUCCUUACCCCUGGGGGUUUCUAGCCAGUCCACACAUGUUCCGAGUUCACCUAAUGCGUUUACGUCAAGCACCCAGAGCAGGUCUGGCACUCGGUUGGCAACUUCCAGUCAUUUUAUCCCUGUGCAAGGAGGUAGUAGCUCUGUUAGUUUAUCUCUCAAGCCUCCGGGCACUCUGGGUCCAUAUGCUCCCUUGUCCCCUAACAAAUAUGUAAGCGCUCCCAUGUCUGCACCCCAAGCUGCCACAAAGAGCGGGUCAUCCUAUAGGGCAAGUUACCCUUGCUAG